CCGUUGUCUUUGUAAAUGAAUGGUACAUUUAUUGUCUUCAUUUUGGUUGUAUACGAUUGGACCACUUUACCAUUUCUGUUCCGCCUUUUCCCAUAUGUAUUGGGAAGUGAUUGUCAUCAUUGCAAUAACUCAGUUUAGUUGACUAUCAGGACAAAUGUAUUCCAGUUUUGCCCUCCCAUUAUAUUUUUCUUACCAGCCACAACGAAUUGGUUUGCACUUGUCAGGAGGUCAAUUUUUAUUUACACUUGGGUUGCAUUUGUCAAAAACCAUCAUUCCUUCACUGUCGACGGCUAUUGAAAGGAGGACUGUGGCAAUUUCUUUUGUUCUGCCCAACCCACCGCAAUUUCUUUGUUCUGCCCAAGCCACCGCUGCCGGUAAAGCUAUGGAUUGUUGCUGGGAUUUUCUGCUUAUGCUAAUGCUUCUUCUUCAUUUUGCUCUCCUUCAUAAAGAUUGGUCAGCUUUCUUCAUAUGUGAUUGCUGUAACGAGCUUUCUUUCUUCGUCAUCUUAUGUUAUAUAUUUGGAGCUUGUAUUGAUUCAGUUGGACCAACAGGAAACAGAAAGCAGUAACAUAGCUAAGAGACUUACAAGCAGCAGAAAAUAAGAGGAUAGCAAAGAGAACUAGAGAAAAGGAAGGUCUGCUCGUCAUCUUCUCCGAAAGACAAAACUCGUCCUCAGUAGCCAAGCCAACGGAGUUUCUUGUAAUCUUCUCUUUUCUUUCGUGAUUAUCUUCUAGGCAGGAACAGCUACAUUUAUAGGCGGUCCUUUGGGUGUUAAA